AUGGCAAAGGCUUUAAAAACGCUAACUUUGUCUACAUUGAUCGCUGUCUCAGUUUUUGGCAACUGUCUCGUUGUUGCAUCCGUGUACAAGAACGUUAACAAACGAAUGCGCGUUGUUGGUAACUACCUGGUGGUGAACCUAAGCAUUGCAGACAUGUUGCUGGCAAUUUUCAGCUUGUCGCGUAUGUUAACUCUCGUUCAUGUUGGCUACGAGUGGCUAGUCGGCGGAUUAUUGGGUUUGUUCCUCUGCAAAGCGCAACACUUUUUUAUCAUCCAGUUACUGUUUGUUUCUACGAUGAACUUCAUGGCAAUUGCUGUCGAUCGAUUUGUUGCUGUUUUCUUCCCGUUCUCGCUGAUUUUGAAAGGGAAAUUGUUUUAUUUUAUCGUCGGGGCCACGUGGAUCAUUCCUAGCGCUCUAUUCGCGUUUUACUGGAAAAUGAUGGACAUGGAAGUGCGUGGUGGUACGACAGUUUGCUUUGCGAAUGUGCUGAAAAUCUUUCCAACUGUAAAACACUUUUAUGAGUUUAAGGUCGCAGAAAGUGUGAUUGUUACUGGUGUUACUCUUACAAUAACAGUCAGUCUGUACAUCGCCAUUGGAGCGAAGUUAUUACUCAGACGGCUUCCAGGAAAUGAGCAAGAAGCAGACACGCGUCGUAGGGAAGCAGUUGCACGAAAAGUUUUCCGAAUGAUGUUCAUCGUGGUAUUGGUGUAUUGCCUGUGUUGGAGUCCGCAGUGGAUUAUAUCAAUCAUUUGUAAUUUGGUCGAACGCCAGAGGCCGAUCUGUAAUAAUCCGAAUGCAAAUUUUGUGAAACUUGUUGUCGCUUAUUCAAACAGUGCAAUCACGCCGUUUAUCUAUCCCAUAUUCUCUGGAAACUUUCGCACAAGCUUCCGACAAAUCUUGACGGGCGGUUUUUGCUGGAAACGUGGAAGGGUUGCCCCUGAGGAUCAGAAACGCAAUUCCUCACGCAAAAAGCACUAUAAAGCAGAGCCAGAUGAUGAAGUACAAAGCCACAGACCAGAGGUGUUUCUUUUGCAAGACCAGGCUCAGUGUAAACUUGUGCAAAAGAAAAUUAUUUCUUCAGAGACAGGAACAAUGUGA